AACCACAGUGCUUUGUCAUCAUCAUUUUUUGUGGAAUCGACGACGAUUGCAAACAUUGCCAAAUUCUACUUUUUCAACAGGUUCUAGGAAAGUGAUCACAAAACGCUACAAUCGUCGCUGUACUUUUCCCCUAAAGUCUUCGCGUUCGCGCUGUAGUAAUAGUUUACAGUCUGUACCACGAAUUCAGAACCAGCUCCAUUUAUAGAAUUGGAUAUGUGACGACAAUAAAAGCAAAACAAAACAGCUUCGUGGAUUGUUUCCCUUUCGCUCCAAUCCCACCUUGGUUUGCCACAUCGAAGUUAUAAAAAAGAAGACUGUGUACUAUCCAUCGGGUGGAUAAAUUAUCUGUUAGCCCGUUUUUGUUUUGCUUCUUUUGUUUAAAUUAUCGGACAUUGUGAAGAUAAAUCGCGCUGUAUCUUGUGUACUGGGAUACUCUCCAUACCGCGUAGCUUAUUAGAUAAGCUAAGUAACUGGCUGUGCGAGAGGAAUGGAUAAGUGUGCAAUUGAAUAGUUAUGAACAUUUUUGAAGCGCGCGCGAAUCGAUUACGAAAACGAAAAACUCACUAAGGAUGAAACCCAGCACAACAAAGCAAGCGAAUGUAGGGGCGCAAAGCUCAAUCGCUGGCAUUAACAAACUUCCCGAUGGGUUUGCAUCAGCCAAUGGUUCCGCUGGCGAGCGGAAGUUUGUCGACUACUCUAGCAUCCGCGAGAAGACGGUUCUUGUUGGACCGACAGAGGAGCAGUUCGAUCUGUUGAUGAUACGAUUAGAAGAGCGUAUAUCCGCCAGCCGUGGUGAGACGGUGUAUGAAAUUGGGAUCGGCGAAGAUGGCAGUGAAAAUGGACUAGAACAGGACGAGUAUGCCGCUUCCUUGGCAACACUUCAAUCCCUGGCAGCGAUGCUGGGCGCGGAAUGUGUUGAGCUGCGCACCCGCAAAGCAGAGAAAGGCAUCACUGGCCAGUAUCUGAUCCGGAGGAAAGUAGAGGAAGACGAUUUCACCGAAGUACGGGUAGCUGUCGUUGGGAACGUAGACGCUGGCAAGUCCACCUUGCUCGGAGUGCUGACCCACGGAGAACUGGACAAUGGACGCGGUUUUGCGCGGCAGCGCCUGUUUCGUCACAAGCACGAAAUUGAAAGUGGUCGCACCAGUUCCGUUGGGAACGACAUUCUUGGGUUUGACAGUGUGGGGAAUGUGGUUAACAAGCCCGACCAUGGCACGCUAGAUUGGGUUAAGAUUUGUGAAAAGUCUGCUAAAGUUAUAACCUUCAUCGAUUUGGCAGGCCAUGAGCGUUACUUGAAGACAACCGUGUUUGGAAUGACGGGUCACGCACCAGAUUUUGGAAUGUUGAUGAUCGGAGCAAACUCCGGUAUCGUGGGAAUGACGAAAGAACAUCUUGGGCUUGCACUAGCACUGUCGGUGCCAGUGUUUGUGGUCGUCACCAAGAUUGACAUGUGUCCACCAAACAUUCUGCAAGAAAAUUUGAAGCUGCUGUACAAAAUUUUGAAAUCACAAGGCUGCCGCAAAGUCCCGGUGAUGGUGAAAACCAGCGAUGACGUUGUGCUGAGUGCUACCAACUUCGUGUCGGAAAGGUUAUGUCCUAUAUUUCAGGUAUCGAAUGUAACGGGCGAAAAUUUGGAUCUAUUGAAAAUGUUCCUCAACCUGCUGAACGUCCGUACCACGGGGAAUGAUGCGUUGCCGACCGAGUUCCAAAUCGACGAUACAUACGCCGUACCUGGAGUAGGAACAGUUGUGUCCGGGAUCACUUUGCAAGGUAUCGUGAGGUUAAACGAUACACUCUUGCUAGGACCGGAUCCGUUAGGUGACUUUCAACCGAUCGCGAUCAAAAGUAUCCACCGGAAGCGUAUGGUGGUGCGCGAGGUGCGCAGUGGCCAGACGGCGAGCUUUGCGUUGAAGAAAAUCAAGCGCUCCCAAAUCCGCAAAGGAAUGGUAAUGGUAAGUCAGGCACUAAACCCACAAGCCUGCUGGGAGUUUGACUGCGAGAUAUUGGUUCUGCAUCAUCCGACGACUAUUUCGAGCAAGUACGGCCGAUGGUCGGCAAUGGUGCAUUGCGGUAGCAUAAGGCAAACGGCACAAAUACUGCAGAUGUCCAAGGAAUGCCUUCGCACCGGCGAUAAGGCCGUCGUACGGUUCCGUUUCAUCAAAAACCCAGAGUAUAUGAAACCGGGCCAACGGAUGGUAUUCCGCGAGGGGCGAACGAAAGCGGUGGGCAACGUGAUUCAACCGCUGUACACACCCGGAAGCAUCCAGCAGCGCUCUAAGCCGAACAAAAUGCAAUCAAACCGAGGGUUGACCACAGCGGGAAUCGUAAUGCAGAGUGGUUCGGGGUCUGCGUCUGUAAAUAUGCCCCUUUCGAAGGGUUCCAGUGCGACGGUUGAUGGAAGUGCGUCCGGUAUGGAUAAUGGUACGGCAAACAGCAACAGCUCACCGAUACACGAUUCAACACCCGUACUGGACAUUGGCACUGAUAAACGAAACCACAGACCGCAAGGAGGUGGUAAUAAAAAGCGUCUAAAUAUGGGUGGGAUGAUGGCAGCUACUGCAGGGGCUAGUACAUCGGCCGGGACAAGUUUAGCACCCGGUAGCAGUGGGAAGGUGUUAUCGUCUGGUGGACCAGCGGCAUCACAAUCAGCCGUGGCUUCGAAUGCUUCCGGAGCAUCCAAUUCGGGAGCGUCUACGGUCGCAGUUGACAUGAGUAAGCUAUCGAUUGCUUCCAACUAAGGAUAAGGAUUUUAUUUGUUGUUAAAUUGCGCAUCACGAGUGCAGCAUUGCUUUAGUUUUUUUUUAACGGACCACACUCGUUUCGUAACGGGAAGAGCUCCGUUUUGGUUGAAAACCAAUUUAACAAGAGUUUUGCGUUUAAAUCUCUUACCACCUGUUUUGACAUCGCGGACCAUAUUUUUUGGGCGCGAUGGCCAUAGAACUCUGGCAGAUUUGCUAUUCAAUACAUAGUAUGCAAUAUAACAUACACCUGCCAGUAGUAACAGCAGCAGCAAUGAGUAAGUAAUAUGUUACUCGCGAAGAUUUUUUUUUUAACUCUUUUUGACAUUUUUCAUUAAAUUUAAGCAUCAAUUUGUGUUAUUGUUGCGUGUAUACCUUGACCACUUCGUGUGAAGAGGAACCAUGGUAUAUGAUACGUUGGGAUUGCACAUCGUUCGAUGUGAACCUAUACCGCGCAAAAAAAAAGCGGAAGCGAUCUGACCAUUGCGGAAUUAUGUUAAAUAUGUAUCGUUCCAAGUUACAAGAACUAAACUGAUCAUUUUCGCAAUUUGACAUUCACAGCACGACACGAUACAUUUUUCAAAAUACAAAUAAAUUUUAAUUACAUUGAA